UGUCUUUGUCUUUGCUUUUUUAAAGUGGGAUUCUUGGUCUAGGGCAACCCUUCUCAAGCUCCCGUCGCCGAUCACUCAUCGGCUCCGAGGGGGAAUGACGCUGCAGGCUGUGGGUGCUGCGAGGGCCUCUGAGAUGACGUGGUCCAACGUGUUACACGGGGGGAAGCCGAGGUCUGGGGGUGCAGGGGACUUACCCAAAGUCAUACAGGGAACCAGAGUCUCUAGGCCAGGCCGCUAGCAGGGUGAGGAGGUAGAAGGGAAUCACACCUAGAAUUGUCUGCGUGUGGCUGACGUGCAAGUAAGGCCUCGAAAACCAAGUGUCGCUGACCUCACAGACACACCCGGGACAACUCCAGCUGGGAGUGACAGGCCGGCAGGACGGCGGCCCCUCACUGCCCGCGUGCAGCUGGAUCCAGGCAGGAGGAUGAAAGGUCUUCGCUGGCGUUACACCCGGCUGCCCAGCCAGGUGGAGGACACUCCGUCUGGAGAAGGGGGUGAGGAAGAGGAAGAGGAAGAGGAAGAGGAGAAGGAGGCAGCCCCAGACCCGGCUCUGGAGGACCCCAUGGAGCCCCAGCUGACAGAAGCCAGCCAGGUUCUGGGAGCCUCGGAGAUGAGGCAGCUCAGCCUCUACCUGCCCCCGAGCGUCACCGGACACUCCUGGAGUCUGGCCUUCGGCACGGCAAGGGAUGGCUUUAGUCUGCGGAGCCUGUACAGGCAGAUGGAGGGCCACAGUGGGCCGGUGCUGCUGGCGCUGAAGGACCAGGACGGGCAGGGGGUUUCCGGAGGACCACCAAGUCCCUUCCAGCUGCAAACUGCACGCUCUUCUGCUUUCCAGAUGUUUGGGGCCUUCUCCUCCUCAGCGUUUCAACUCAGCAAAGGCUUCUACGGCACUGGCGAGACGUUCCUCUUCUCCUUCUCCUCACAGCUGAAGGUCUUUAAGUGGACGGGAAGCAACUCUUUCUUUGUGAAAGGAGACGUGGACUCACUGAUGAUGGGCAGUGGCAGUGGCGAGUUCGGGCUGUGGCUGGACGGAGACCUGUAUCACGGGGAAAGCCAUCCCUGCGCGACCUUCAACAACGAGGUGCUGGCCCGGCGGGAGCAGUUCUGCAUCCAGGAACUGGAGGCCUGGGUUCUGAGCUGAGGGCGCCGCGGCGGGCAGCUUCCAGAGGCAGCUGGCGCUCCGACCUGCUCACAGAUGCCGCCUAGGCCUCCCACGCAGGGCAGCCCCCUGCAUCCUGAACACAGAUGGCGAGGGGUCCCAGUGGCUGACUGUGGCUGCGGGCCAGCCCCCGGUGGCCUGGGGACAGGCACGGGGCAGGAGCUGCUCUCCUGGAGAGGAGACUAAAGGAGGAAACGGUGUUUACUCACCUGAGCAGUGCGGAGUUCCUUGGAAUUCUCUUCUAAAAAAUUAUGCAACUGAUACAUGUUCAGCGUAGAAAACAAGAGAAUACAUAAAAAAAAAAUUAAAGUUGCCUAAAAUUUAACCACCCUGCAAGACACUAACAUUUUCACGUAUAUCCUUCCAGACAACCUUCCAUGGAUAGAUGCAUAUCUUACAAAAAUGGAAUUCUACUGUGUAUGUUUGGGAAAUUAUUUUUAACUGAAAGACUCUGGUCAAGCCGCGGACACCUGGGCUCAACCAGUGACAUGAAUAAAGACUCCAGUCGUGUCAUUCUUCUUC